AUUUGUACAAUAUAUAAUAGAGAGCGAUAAGAUUGUGGACAGAUAAAUAGGAAUAUCAACGUUCAUUAUAUCGUGCGUACGUAAUCUUGUCAGAUAAUUUUAUCCAUUUCCAAAGUGAUGAGCCUUGGUAAAAAUAUGCGUUGCAGCAUAUUACUUUCGCUUUACAGCGAUUAAACGUUAUUUCGAAGAUCGAAAAGUUAUCAUUAUUACUGCGCAUUUAAGCGCGUUGCAUAAUCCAUUGCAGUAAGGAGCAAACAUUUUCGUAUGGAACGAUCGUUAAAGAAAUUCACCAAGAAGAAAGAAAAAACUAAAAAUAUGAGAAUCACCAUGAUCUUUUGUCGGCAAAACCGCGUGGUCUUCACACUUCGUAAUUUCGAAAUCGUCGAAGAAACAUUUUGCAUCUGUUUUACGACGGAUUCCGCAACGCAGGCGACGUUCCAGUUCCAGAGUAAAUGCGCAAAAAAAGAACGACGUAUAAUACAUAUUAUAUUUUAGCAGAAGCGUCGUAAAUUUUCAAAAGCAUUUCUCAAUGUUUAAUAAAUUUUCCUUGACAAAAAAGUACGCGCGAUUAAAAAGAUUACGAAAAUUAAACUCGAUUAGCAUUCUUUUUUAAUUGUCGCAGUGGAAAUAAGUUUAGAUAAACAGAAAUUUCGAUUUUUGCGCAUAUAAUAAUAUCUAUCUCUCGCGAUAACUCUCGUUGUAAACAAAAGAUACAAUCGUAAUAACAAUUCGAUUGCAAUCAACUAACGUAAUGAUUUCAUACAAAAUUGUUCUAUACAAUAGAUAAGUUGCAAAUAAUACAUAGAUAAAAGAGAUAACACAUAUAUGCGAUUAUCUUACCGGAAAAAGAAUCUGAACAAACGGAAUCGAUAAACAUCCGCAUUUCCUCUGAACUAUAAUUAUUCAACGUAUACUGAUAAUUAUGUAUAAAAAAUGUGUGUUUCUGCUAUUACAUCAUCAACAAGAUUAGCAAUUCACAUAAGAAUUGCAAUUCUAUUAUUAGUCGAAGAUAACGUUUACUUUGACAUGGAUAGAUUUAUUUCGUUGCACUGGCUCUAUUCCAUCACUUCUUUUCUCUCUUUUUAAUCAAUAAUAUUGCUCCCUUUAAUCUCUUGAAAGAGAGAGCAAGAGAAGGAGAGAAUCGAGAAUAUCAGUUAUUGCAAACUAAGAUAUAUUUACAUUUAAUUUAUUCGUCUCAACACACUCGGCGAUGAUAAUCUUGUCAAUCGCGAAAUCGUAAUAUCUCGACCUCAGACAUGAAAAAGAGAACUGUCACGUUCUCCAAGCACUCGAGUUACCUGGAGAACGAUCGUUUGGUCGCACUUUCACAUCGUUCCAAAUACUAGCACACUCCACGAUGUAGUGUAUAUCGUCAAUAUCGUCAUACCGUCGAGCGUUUUUUAUAUCGACUUCGAGACACACACUCGUAUAUGCGAUGGAGUAUUGCCUACCUCUACUCUCUGUUAGCGAACUUAGUCUUCGCUGGCCGUUGUCAGUCUCGAUGUAUAAGCGCGUACGAGCGGAGUCAUCAAACGACGACGAGCGCUCGUUUGCUGUCAUUCUCCGAUCUCGUCGUCGGUCCCCAAUAAGCGAAAAAAUUAUUGAUACAAUGUUAUUAAAAUAAUAUAUAAUAUCUGGUAUAGAACAUUUUUAUAAUAUUCGAGGAUAUUCGCAUAUAUCUUAUCGAGUAAUAUUUCUAAAAAUACGCGAGGACGUGCAAAGAAUACAUAAAAUCAACAUUUUGAAAUGUUUGACCUAGCAAUAAGUAUUUUUUGCUUACUGGGAAUGUAAAGCAUCCACUUGUGCACUUGGUGAGAUAUUGAGACUAAACGGUUCCCAUUAGAUAAAACAAUCACUCGAUUUUCGUGCUAGUGAAUCGAUAUUGAUUUCUAUAGUUGUAUCUUGAUCUCAACUCAACAUGGUCCUCAAUAAGAUGCACGUGCAACAGAAGUUAAAGUACCCCAAAUCAGUAUUUUUCAUUGUCACCAAUGAAUUUUGCGAGAGAUUCUCUUUCUAUGGAAUGCGUACCAUCUUAGCGUUGUACUUGAGUGACAUGCUAAAGUACAGCGAAGAUACAGCCACAAUGAUCUAUCAUGUUUUCAUCUGUUUCGUCUAUUUUUUCCCGCUACUGGGUGCAAUUGUAUCUGAUUCCUGGCUCGGCAAGUAUCGCACCAUUUUUUAUGUGAGCAUUAUUUACGCGAUUGGACAGCUGCUUUUAUCUGCAAGUGCAACACCUCCUUUCGGACUACCUGCAAGGGAAUUGUCUAUGAUAGGCUUACUUUUGAUUGCGCUUGGCACAGGCGGGAUAAAACCUUGCGUGUCAGCUUUCGGAGGUGAUCAGUUCAUCUUGCCUCAACAGGAACGAUAUUUGGCAAUGUUCUUUUCCCUUUUCUACUUUUCCAUUAACACGGGUUCUCUGAUCUCUACUUUGCUUACUCCAGUCCUACGCGACACAGAAUGCUUCGAGGACGAAUGCUUCUCUCUGGCAUUUCUGGUACCGGCUAUUUUAAUGAUUAUAUCGAUUGUAAUAUUCGUCUCGGGAAAAAGAAUGUAUAAAAUAGUGCAACCUAUGGGUAAUCUUAUUCUCAAGGUUUCCAAGUGCAUUUGCAACGCAAUCUUUAAUAAAGUAAAGAAGAAAGGAAGGAAAUGCGAUCACUGGCUCGAUCAUGCCGAGGAUAAGUACGAAAAGAAUCUAAUCGAAGAUAUUAAGGCCGCAUUGCGGGUUCUGAAACUGUUCAUACCGUUGCCAAUAUUCUGGGCGCUCUACGAUCAGCAGGGCUCUCAAUGGACGUUUCAAGCAACGCGGAUGGACGGUCAGAUAGGCAGCUUUGUAUUGCUACCUGAUCAACUGCAAGCCCUCAAUCCGUUACUGAUCAUCAUCUUCAUACCCAUCUUUGAAACCUGCAUCUAUCCGGUUUUCGCCAAGGUACACGUAAUCAACACGCCCUUGAAAAAACUCGUUGUCGGCGGAUUCUUGGCCAGUGUGGCCUUUAUCGCGGCCGGUCUUGUCGAAUUAGAACUCGAGAAAACUUAUCCAAUAUUACCGUCAGAAGGACUCGCUCAAAUCCGAAUUUUUAAUACAAUGAAUUGUCCCGUAUCUCUACGAUACGUAACGAAUAGGAAUACAGAACAGAAAGCUGAAAUAAAGCCACUGAAUAUGUGGUCGGAUUUAAAAGUAGAAGCGAAAGGCUCGGUUACAUUAUCCUACACAGCGAAUUUCACAACAUGCAGAAAUAAAGGCUACACUGAGUUGGAUAAUGAAGUACCAGGAGAAAUUGUGGCCAAAGAAGCUACCGCGUUGUCUUGGGUCAUAACACCCAAAGGACUGAAAGAUUACUACAAAGAUGAUGUGGAUAAACCGGAUAAGGGUAAACCGGCAGUUCGCGGUCUCAUAUAUUUAGCGCCCGAAAUGAACCGCAAUUCCAGCCUGAGAUUUGUCUAUAGCGAAUCGAACGAGACGGCAUUGUUAAUAACAGUCAAUAGCUCGGUUUUCGCGCCUUCGAAGCUGAAACAAUUCGAGAAACCAGACACGUACGAUGUCUAUCUGGAUAAUUAUUUGCUGAAGACGAAGGUGUCCUUUAAACUCGGCGGAGCAUACACCGUAGUGGGUAGUUAUAUAUCGGUCAAAGAAGGUAGUAACAUUACCGGUGAAAUAAUCACGGUCACACAGCCCAAUUCGCUUCACAUGGUCUACAUGUUGCCGCAAUACAUCAUCAUCACGAUGGCCGAGGUGAUGUUCUCUAUAACGGGUCUGCAAUUCGCCUUCACUCAGGCGCCGGAGAGUAUGAAAUCUCUAUUACAAGCAGGUUGGUUGUUGAGCGUGGCUUUCGGUAAUCUUAUCGUGGUCAUCAUAAAAGGUUCGCGUCCUUUCCAGCGGCAGGUCUACGAGAUUUUCUUGUAUGCCGGUCUGAUGGCGGUGAUUAUAGCGAUAUUUGCCGUGAUGACCAUAUUCUACAAGUACGUGGAAAUGCCACAAGAGGAAGUCAGUGAAGAGGCCAUAUCUCUAGAAGAAAAAAAGGGUAAUGUUAAUCCGACCUACAAAGAGGACGAGAAAUGAUGAUAAGAGCGGGACGAUUGAGCGAGAAAUCAUAAUUUUCAUAUGUUCUCUUGUUCGAACGAAGGAAGAAGCACAACAGCUCUGUCAAAAAUAUUCGAAAUUCUGUUUUUAUCAAAUAUCUGAACACAUCAUCCUCGAGUGCGACAAAAUGUGUGAAUUUUUCAUAAAGUUAUUUCUUUUUACAAUAGAAAUUUCAUUAAAAAAAAUUUAUAUAGAUUUGAGAGAUACACAUUGCAUUGAAUUCAUGAGUAAUGUGUUUAAACCGUAUAAAAAGAUGAUAGGGUAUCAUCUUUUAUUUUGGGAUAGUAUUUAAAAUUUCAAAGAUUUUAUGAUUAAAAAAUUUUAUGAGUUUUCACAUACAUGUCCUCUUGCAAUAUUAAAAUAAAAUUAACAAAAACUGUAUAAUAAUAACUAAGAAUAAUGUAAUUGAUACUUGUAUAAAUCGUGCAGCAAUAAUUAUAAGAUUAGGAAUUGUUAGAGAUUGAAAAAUUAAUUAUUUAACUUAUAUGUAUAUUGUGCGUGAAUGUUAUUAGAAAUUUAAUAAAUGAACGAGAGUGCUAUCGUAA